CUAUUAGAUUGGUCGAAGGCUCUGGCAUUGGCUGAACAGUUGGCACCCAAUGAGAUCCCUUAUAUAUCGAGAGAGUACGCCCAACAGUUAGAAUUCAUGGGAGAUUACCCUGGCGCGCUUGCACACUAUGAAAAUGGUAUUAUCGAGGAUUACGAAGAGGAGACGGAGCAGCUAGCGCGAGACCUCCAUGGUCGAGUUGUAAAGCGGGAUUGUGCUCUCAUCUUGGAGCAAAUAAAGCAAUACGGUGAAGCAGCGGAUCUUUACGAGCUUGGACAAUUCUAUGAUCGUGCGGCAGCUGUUUGCCUCAAAGCCAAAGCGUGGGGUAAGGUAGGCGAAUUACUGCCGAAAGUUCGCUCACCAAAGAUACAUGCUCAGUACGGGAAAGUUAUGGAAGCCGAGAAGCGGUACAAGGAAGCUGCUGUGGUUAGUUCACGGUAACA